AUAUUGCUUCUACAAAGUGAACAUAAAACAGGAGAACUAUUAUACAUACGUAAACUUUGGACUCUUAUAGGUGGAAACCAGCGUGAACUUGCUCGCCAGAAAAAUAUGAAGAAAGCCCAGGAGACCCUUAAAGGGAAAAGAAAAGAGGAUAGCCUGAGUGCUUCACAGAGAAAACAAAGAGACUCUGAAAUCAUGCAACAAAAGCAGAAAGCAGCUAAUGAGAGGAAGUCUCUCCAGAGCGGAGACAAAUGAAUGAUACAGAGGGGACUUCAAUCUACAGUGCAUCAGUGAAGUUAUGGGGCCUAAAAGAUCAGAUGUUUGUAAUAGUGGCCAGCCAUUAAAUGGUUACGUUUAUCUUAUACUUGCA